AUGGAAUAAAAUUUAAAUGAAUUCCUUGAGGAGGGAUAAUAAAAAGUUUAGAUUAUUAGUAGUAAGAAUUUAAAAAGAGAUACCUUUGAUGACAAUCUUAUGGGAGCAUUGUACAAUAAGAUAAAUGAAAAUUUGCUAUUGAUUGAGUAUAGUAAGUGCUGGUAACCACGUCGCUACGAUAUUAUUCGAAUAGAUACAUUUGAAAUAGUAAGAGAAUUAUUAGAAGUAGAUGAUCCAGAUGGUGGCCGAUAACUUUACUAGGAUUGUCCUUUGACUGUUUCAUUAUAUGAAAAUAAUAUACUAAUCCUUAAGAAACAUUAAAUAUUCAGAUAUUGCCAUGAAAAUAACACAAUUUACUACAUUGGCUUAUUUAAUUUGCCAAAGGAAUGUGAGAUUAGUUUUGAUCAUGAUUUUUUGCAUGUUAAAUUUAAGGAUUCUAUUGGUAUUAUGGAUAUCGCGAGAGAGUGCUUAAUGAUUAUUAAACUUUAAAAAUUCUAGAAGAAAGAAUUGCAAAAUUAUCCUAUAGAAACUGGUGGUAUGGGUAUAGCUAAGAUCAUAAGAGCUAUUAUUAUGUUGGCUGGAAAAAGUUCAAUUUACGAAAGAUUAUAUUUUCUGAAAAAUGAUUCAUAUGUUUGCCUGAAAUAUCAGUGA